AUGUGUAAAAAAAAAUCUGAUGAAGAUAAUGCAUCUGCUGUGCUUGAGCCACACACAUCGAAAAAUACAAGUAUUUCUGCUCAAGUAAAUUCAAACCCGGAAUGUUCUACGUCAAUAAAUACGGUACCUACAUUAACUAUUAAUUAUACGCCAAAUGAUUGUGAGUCAUAUCCAGAUUUAGGAUUUUAUAUUAAUAAAUCAGAUUUAUCAGAUGAACUUAAAUAUAAAUUACUAACAAAACCAUAUGUUCCUUCUGAUAAUUAUGAUUUUAAGAAUGACAGUAUUGCACAAAAAAGGAAUUUUAGAAUUGAAUGGCUUAAACAAUAUCGAUGGUUAGUUUAUUCUAGACAUUUAAAAGGUGGUUUAUGCAAACAUUGUGUUGUUUUUCGUCCUGUCGUUAAAAGAGGAUUAUUAGGAGCGUUCAUUGUAAGUGAAUUUACCAAGUAUAAAGAUUUUCAUUUUCACGCAAAAAAACAUAUGCAAUCUGAAUGGCAUACGGAUUUGGUUUCUCAAUCAACAGAUUUUUUAAAAAUUAUGUCCAACAAAGAAAAAAGUGUUACAGAUCAAUUAAAUAUUGCUCAACACUCACAAAUUGAACAAAAUAGAAAAAAGCUAGUCCCUAUUUUGUCAUCAAUAAUAUUUUGUGCGACACAUGAUCUAGCAAUUAGAGGCAAAUUGAGCUGUAGUGGAAAUUUUCAUGAUUUUUUAAAGUUUCGUGUUGAAUCUGGAGUUAGUGUUCUGUCUGAGCAUUUAUCAACAUGUCAUAGUAAAGCUAAAUAUACCUCACAUCGCAUUAAAAAUGAAUUAAUUUUACUAUUAGGAAAUGUAUUAUGUGAUCAAAUUGUUCGAGAAGUAAAUAGUAGCUUAAGUUUUUCACUGUUAGCCGACGAAACUUCCGAUAUUGCUGGCAUUGAACAACUUUCGAUUGGUGUUCGUUAUGUUGAUAGUUCAAAAACUAUAAGAGAAGAAUUUAUAGGAUUUAGUGCACUACAAACAUUAGAUGCAGUUGGUAUAGCUACUUCUAUUUUGACUUCUGUUGAAAAAUACGGUUUGGAUAUGAAUAAACUUGUUGGCUUGGGUUUUGACGGGUGUUCAGUAAUAGCUGGAAAAGAAAAUGGAGUUCAGAAAAUAAUUUGUGAUAAAUAUUCUAAAGCAACAUUUUUCCACUGUGCUUCGCAUAGACUCAAUCUCGUUGUAAAUGAUUUGAAUGCAGUGACAGAAAUACAAAAUACUGUAGGAGUAAUUAAAGAGGUUAUUAAUUUUUUUCGUGAAAGUGUACUUCGUCGAAAAUUGGUUACAAAUAUACCACUUUUGUGUGAUACUCGUUGGUCUGCGAAAUAUAAAUCUAUUCGCAUUUUUGCUGAAAACUUUAUUAAUAUUAAGUCAGUUUUAGAAAAACUAUCUCAUAAUAAUGACUCAGAUUUUAAAGUUAGCACCACUACUCGCACAAAAGCACACCAACUAUUAUGUGCGACAUCAACAUCACAAUUUAUUAUAUCUUUAAAUAUUAUAUCCAAAUACUCAGCUCAAUUAGAACCAGUUACAAAUAAAUUGCAGGUAAAAUCUAUUGAUUUAUACUCGGUCCAAAAUCAUAUUCAAGAUUAA